AUGGCGGGCUACAUCGGCGCCAAGGGGAUGACGUCGCGCGACUUUCUGGACCGGCAUCAGGCGGGCUGCUCCAACUUUGCGGGGCUCGACUUUUCGGGCGAGGACUUUUCGAACAUGGUGCUGAACGGCUGCAACCUGAGCGGCUGCGUGCUCGAGGGCGCCAUCUUUGACGACGCGCAGCUGACGAAUGUGGACUUGACUCGCGCCAACCUGUCGAGUGUCAGUCUGCGGGGCGCUGCCUUGAGCGGGUGCAAGCUCGUGCGCUCGUGGGCCCAGGGCAGCAAGCUGAGCAAUGCGAGUCUCUCCACCUGUGAGUUGGCCAGCUCGAACCUCUCAACGAGCGACCUGAGCGACGCGAGCCUGGCCAAGUGUAAUCUCACGCAGGCUGAGCUAGUUGGCACCAAGCUUCACCGCACCACGAUGGCGGACACCGACUUCUCGAAGGCCAGGGUGGAUAACAGCGAUUGGCGAGGCGCUCGCUUCAAGGUUGCGUGCAACUUUUCGGACACGGCAAUCCGGCAGUGCAUCUCUUUGGCGGAGCUCAAGGCUGGCGGGCUGGUUCAGGGGAUGAACACCAUGGGCUACUCAAUCAGCGAGAUGAAGGCGGCGGGCUACUCGGUGCAGGAGGCCAAGGCGGCGGGCUACUCAAUCAGCGAGGCGAAGGCGGCGGGCUACUCGGUGCAGGAGGCCAAGGCGGCGGGCUACUCAAUCAGCGAGGCGAAGGCGGCGGGCUACUCGCUGCACUCGCUCAAGGAGAUUAAGGCGGCGGGCUACUCGUGCAGUGAGGCAAAGGCGGAGGGCUACAAGCCCUUUGAGUGCCGUGAGGCUGGCUACUCUUACGAGGAAGGUCGCGUGGCCGGCUAUCGCUGGGACGACAAGGAAAUUUGGUAUGGACGUUAUGAUCACGACUACAACCGGUGGCUCUGA